AUGGACUCCCCCACCUUUAAAGCCCUCGUCGAUGCUUCCGCUGGUGCGAUGGGCGCACUGUUUGCAGCUGUGUUGCUAUACCCACUAGAUGUUGUAAAAACAAGGAUCCAAGUGGAUGUAGACAACAUCAAAGAGGAGGAAUCAGAAGAGCUUAAGGAAAAAACUAUGAAGCUUCGUGAAAAGAGCGCACGUAGUAUGCUUGUGUUUGCAUGGUUUAUUUAUCGCCAAGAAGGAUUUGAGGGUCUCUUUGCCGGCCUCAGCUCGAAGAUUGUGCAUACAGUUUUAUCAAACUUUGCAUACUUCUAUUGGUACUCAUUCCUCAUAUCGGCAGUUGAGAAACACUUCAAAUUGCCUACUACUACGGGCAUGAGUCUUCUUGUGGCCUCCACCGCUGGAGCGCUUAACAUGUCAUUGACACUUCCUUUAGAGAUGAUUAAUACACGGGCCCAAAUUGAGUUCUCUGGUGACAAGGACGAAACUAAUGGGCCACGCCAACGCACUUUGAUUGGUAUCGCAAGGGAGAUAUACGCUGAAAAUGGCCUUAGGACUUUUUGGAAAGGAUUUAUCCCAUCAUUAGUGUUGGUGAGCAAUCCGUCCAUUAAUUACACGAUUUUUUAUAAGCUUAAGCUUCAGCUACAACAAUUCAAGAUGGCAGCAAACAAUACUAAACGCGUGAGCUCACUGACAGCGUUAGAGGCGCUUAUUUUAGCGGCUUUUGCAAAGGCAGUCGCUACAAUCAUCACUUAUCCCAUAAUUCGGGCAAAAGUACUUAUCCAGGCGCAAACGAAGCCAGGUGAUGGUCGCCAGCAACAGUUGUAUGGUCAUCAUCAACCUGAAAAGUGCAGCUCGAUGUUGCAUAUGCUCAAGCGUAUCAAUGAACUAGAAGGCUUUGCUGGAUACUUUAAGGGUUGCUCGGCACAAUUGUUCAUUACCGUCUUAAAGAGUGCUCUUCUGGUUAUGACGAAGGAGCAAAUAGCCAAGUAUACUACACGUAUUUUAUGUGCUUUGCACCGAAACACAAGGCAGACGGCUAUUGAGGCUGCUAAAGCAUGA